UAGUUAAGAAUCACUUCCCAUUCUCUGAACAUCAAUUGAAAUACAAAAAUCCAUGAUAUGACUAAAGGCUAAUUUUUAUUUCUCUCCGUUUCUUAAACAUUAAAAAUACAGAGGUAGAAAGGAGAAGUGUUUUUUUUCUGUAUUUUUAUUUUAUUGGUUGUUGUUUGUUGUUAAUGUAUACAUUUGUAUUCGUAUCUUCCGUGCAACUCUCACUUUCUAUCUUCAUUUCUCGUUCAACUCUCUGUGUCUAUGUUUCUUUCUUUGGUGUCUGUCAAGUCAAUAUGAAACACAGUGCCUCUCCGGAGGUAAAACAACGCCUGGCAGAAUUUGUUCUCAAUAAGAAACAACGAGAGGCUAAUCAACAGAAAUCACAAUCAACAAUCCAACAACAACAACAGCAACAACCACAGCAACAAUCACCUUCAUCGAUAACACAACAUCAACAACACCACCAUCACCAACAACAGCAACAACCUCAAAAUGUUUCACGUCUUAUUAGCAACGCUACCGGAUCUAUGUGUAACUCUAUUACGGGAACAAUCAACAAUGGACAGCCACCGGGUAGCUGUAAAACCAACAACAAUCAAUUUGUGAACCUUGCUUGGAAUCCAAUGUCAGGAAAAUAUGAAGACAAUUUAAGCACCUUAAGGAAAACAGCUUCCGAACCUAAUUUAAAAGUGCGAUCAUCUUUAAAGAAAAAAACGAUUGCAAACAGAAGUUCACCUCUUCUUAAGCGAAAAUUACCCAAAAUUCGAGGGCGAAAUGGUCCUUCAUCCAUUGGAUCAGCAUCCCUUGCUCAUCAACAUUCCUUAUAUGGAUCUAUCACCGAAGGUUCAGCUUCGGCUCCUGUUUCCGCAUCAUCAUCAAUGAUUCAAGAAAACAGUCCACCAACAAGUCCUUAUGGAAGUUCAUCUAUAAAACCUUUGGAUCCAGAUAAUGCUGGGAAAUUACUCACUCAUUCUUCUCAUCUAGAUGAUUGCCAUUUAACCAAUUUUGCUUCAGGAAAUCAUCUUGAUAGAGGGGGUGGAGGAGGUGGUGUCAGAGGUGCCAGUGGAAAUGGAAACCAUCCAUUGCACUCUUUAUCUCAUCAUCACAUUAAGGGAGCUAUUUUAUCCCAUUCACAUGUCCAUCCUCACCCACAUCCCGCCACCACUCAUCAUGUAGCCUCAAUUGAUGGUUCAAUCGGACAUUCAGCAAUUAUCAGAAAAAACCAUCUCCCAUUGGCACGAGCUCUUUCGGCACCGCUUCCUUUGGGUCAUCCUCAAUUACAUUCAUCUUCUUCAUCGCCUGUUUCUCCUCUGACAACCUGUACCUCAUCUUCAUCUGCCUCUGACCAACUACAGUCCUCAACUCCCCUAUCACAGCACCAGCGAAACAAGGUUAAACAGCAUAUUAGGCAAACGGUAUUAACCCGAACCUCAAGUAAACAGCAACUUCAAAGUCAAAGUUUCGAAGAGGAAACAGAAGCAGCCAUUGCUCAAGAUGACAUGGUUGAUUCACCAUCGGGAACGAUGGGAUUAUCUUCGGUUACUAGUGGAUUGGGAACAAUAAGCUCAGCAGCAUCUACACCUCCACUUGGAGGAUCAGUAUCAAACUUACCGGGCGGCAUUCCAAGUCGAAAAGAACGAAUUAAACGUCAAUACUCUCAGGAAGCACCACCAACACCAGAAGAGGGAACAUCUUCAUGUUCCAUCAGUGGAAUUGAGUCAAGUUAUUCCAUUGAUUAUUUAGCUAGUGCAAGUGGAUCAGGUUCUGUUGGAUCUGCAUCGAGUGGAUGUAAAUCCAGGGAAGCGACACCCACAGAAAUAGGGGGAAGGGUGACAAGUGGACGAGGUGAAAAUUCAAGUGGAGAGCCAAUUUUGAUGAAACAGCAGUUAAGCCGUGAUCGGGAUCCAUUCCUUGCCCAAAAGGAUUUAAUGUCACCACAAUUAAUGGCUAUGAAUGAUCUUCGGAAUCCUGAAUUUCAGCAACUUAUUUAUAGUGUACAACAAUCUCUUAGAUUAAUUACUGAACAGCAACAGCAACAGCAGCAGCAACAGCAGCAGCAACAACAACAACAACAACAUCAACCUUCACCUCUAAAUCAUCAAUCUUCUCCACCUUCCUCUGUACAUCCACUUCAUCAUUCAAAUUCAUCUGUUAUAACAACAAAUCCUCGCCAUCCCCAUGGCCACUCUCAUCCACCUCCACCUCCACCUCCCUCUACUGCUUCUCAUCACCAUCAUUUUCCGCAUUAUACAAUAUCAUUACUUCCAGAAGGAAACCAAUAUCCACAGAUUCUUCCUCAUUCCCGUUAUCCAUAUUAUGAUUCAACUCGUCCACUAUCCCGAGCCUCAUCAAGUCCAUUUGUAGCCCUUAAAUCAUCUGGUUCCUUGGAAAAAUCAUCAUCAUUAUCACCUCCGAUUAAUUUUAGGAAAUCGACCACAGGUUUAGCCUAUGAUAAUCUUAUGCUCAAACACCAAUGUGAUUGUGGAGAUAAUUCAAGCCAUCCUGAACACUCUGGUCGAUUACAGUCAAUCUGGGCUCGUCUCCAGGAAACUGGCCUUGCAGCAAGAUGUGAAAAAAUUCGCUCACGUAAAGCAACUCUUGAAGAAGUUCAAACAUGCCAUUCAGAAGCUUAUACAUUACUUUUCGCUACUAGUCCUUCAAAUCGACCAAAAAUUGAUCCCACCGUGUUGGAUGAGUUACCCAUCAAAUCGUUUGUUAUGUUACCCUGCGGUGGAAUCGGUGUUGAUUCUGAUACCACAUGGAAUCAGUUACAUACACCUUCAGCAGCUCUUAUGGCUGUUGGAUGUGUCUCUGAAUUGGCCUUGAAAGUUGCUCAAGGUGAAUUGAAAAACGGUUUUGCUAUUGUAAGACCUCCAGGUCAUCACGCUGAAGUCAAUCAAGCGAUGGGGUUUUGUUUCUUUAAUUCCUUGGCUAUUGCUGCUCAAGCCAUUCGUAAAAAGCACAACAUGGAGACCAUCUUAAUUGUCGAUUGGGAUGUUCACCAUGGAAAUGGUAUUCAGCAAAUAUUCUUUGAUUCGUCACACGUUUUGUACAUUUCGCUUCAUCGUCAUGAUGAUGGUAACUUUUUUCCUGGAACUGGCGAUCCAACCGAAGUAGGUGUUGAAGAUGGAACUGGUUACAAUGUGAAUAUUGCUUGGUCGGGAGGCAUUUCUCCUGAAACCAAAGGUGAUGCCGAAUAUUUGGCUGCUUUUCGUUCAAUUGUGAUGCCCAUUGCUAAAAAUUUUAACCCGGAAAUAGUUUUGGUUGCCUGUGGUUUUGAUGCUGCUGCUGGUCAUCCUCCUCCAUUAGGAGGUUAUCAAGUAUCACCAGCCUGUUUUGCCUGGAUGACAAAGCAACUCAUGAAAUUAGCUAACGGAAAGCUUGUUUUGUCAUUGGAAGGAGGAUACGAUUUACCUUCGAUAUGUGAUUGUGCCCAAGAAUGCGUAAUGGCUUUGUUAGGAGACGAAACAACUCCUAUUAGUGAACAUGAGCUUAGUAGGCAACCAUCACAACAGGCCAUUUAUACACUUAAAAAAGUCAUUUCCAUUCAAGCUGCUCAUUGGCCUGUGGUUAAACAUUACGCUCAUCUUAUUGAAUGCUCUCACUUGGAAGCUCAAGAUAAAGAUAAUGAAGAGUUUGGAGCAGCCUCAGCAUUACCCUCUCUAACCAUGAAGCAUUUAAAUUCUCAACCUUCAAAUGAAGAACCCAUGGACCAAGAUAUUGAUAAAUGAAACUGAAACUGAAAAGGAGAGUGAAAGAUAGAGAAAGUCAAAAGCAAAAGGAAAAGUGUCUGUAAAUCUCGAACUUACAAGUAAUUUGGAUUGAAGCAAGAAAAUGGAAGAUUUAAAUUUGAUGACAAAAAGACAUUCGAACUUGUGAUUUGGUGAUUUAAGAGGAAUAAAGCUAUAACAUUGAUUUUAAUGAUGGUGAUGGAGAAAAAGAUAAAGCAGAAAAUGUAAAGGCGAUGAUCAACAUUAUCAUCUACGGUGUUGAUGGCAUUUUUUAUGAUAAUCAUAAGACUUUGGGAAAACCGUGCAUCUAUGAAUUUUUAAAAAAAACAAAUUAACGUUAAAUCUAGUCAUACACAAAUCGAGAAGUGAUUAAUUGUUGAUGUUAUCAGAAUGAUGGAACAACAAAAACUCUUCAAUUCGAGUUUUAAUGCCAAAAAUGUGGAUUUGCUUUAUUAUUAUUAUUUGAAUGUUUUCGUUUGAAUAAUAACUCAUGUACAACCUGUUAAAACCUUUAUCUUUACACCUUUACUCUCUGAUCUUCCAUCUAUCUAUUGUUAUCUAUUUCCGUCUCGGUCAAAGUAAAGAAGCAAACAAGAUUGAAAUUGAGGGAAGCUGUUACAAACUAUUUACCAAUGUCGUCCUUUAUAUGAUAUAAUGAUGAUACAUACAAAGCAAACCAAACAAGAUGUUUAACAAACACACACUCAUCUAAUCAAAUCAAAAUUUACCAAAAUUAAUUGUCUUGUCACAAGCUUGUUUGCUUCUCACACAAAAUAUGUUUUACUCGCAAAUCAACAAACCCUUUCCCAUCCUGUUUUGUUUUUUUGUAAACAUAAAACCAAAAACUAACCAAAUUAAUUGAUUUUAAAUCAUCGCCCGAGAAAAGCUCGUUUAAAACCAGGCCAAACUAAUUUAAAAUUGGCUAUUCUCAAUCAAUUGGACCAUAUUUUUUACUUUAUAGUUUAAAGAUAUCAAAGAUUCACUGUUCAUCAUGAACAUCAACCAAAAAGCGUCGGAAAAAAAACGAUGAAUCUCAAAAGAUUUUGAUUCGAUUAGCAGUGACAUCCAUUGACUAGACAAGUAAACAUUUUGAACAUUUCGAGUUUUGAGUUUGCGUAAUUUACAUUGGAUUAAACAAGGUGAAGCAAAAAAAUCGAUAGACAAUUUUACUCGAAAAGAAAGGAAAAAAUCAUUGGAAGAAAGACUUAUCCUUUUUAUGAUACCGUUUCAAUAAAAUUAUUUAGUGAAUAA